GUGCUCGCUUCUGUAAGCUCAAUUUGCGUCUUUUUAUUCCACCACAAUACUUUUAUCUCGAGGAGGUUGCGCGCACCCGGAAUCCAUUGAGGACUCGCUACACAUUCUGCACUCCUCCAGCCUAUUGAAUUGGAAAGAUAAUGUCGGCUAUUGCUACACGACUUGUGCGCGGAAUCAGGUUGGCUGGAGGCCUGCGCGCACUCUCCACCACGGUUCCGGCAGCAAAGAUCAACAGGGACCGGCUAAUGUUGCUCAGCGAAGCUGAGAACUUCCCCGACUUUUCAAAGUUCGAUCCGAUCUAUGACGACAUCACGGAAAACAGCCGGAUCAUUGACCUGUGGAAGCAGCAGAAGGCAGAGCAGGCAGGCGGCAACCUGGCAGCAUCGAGCAACGUUGACGCACAGGUGCGCAAGGAGCACAACGUGUUCGAUGCGCCGGAUGACUUCACGGUGAACUUCCCCAAGCGGCCGCCGCACCGGUCUGAGAUCUUUAGCACUGAGGGAGAACUGUACUGGUCCGAGGAGCUGAUGGUCCCGUAUGAGCAGUUCAAGCAGCUGACGAAGAAGACGCUGGUGGUCAAGCGCACAGUGCAGAUGACCCGCAAGGGUAAGAUCCCGAGCAUGUACGCCCUGGUGGUGGGCAAGAAUGCCGAGGUUUCCAAGGCGGUGCUGAAGGCGACUCGUCAGGCGAUCAAGAACAUGCAGCAGUUCCCGCGGUACGACGACCGCACCAUCUACCACGACAUUGAGCACAAGUUCAAGGCAACCAAGCUGCAGCUGUGGGCACGCCGGCCUGGAUUCGGCUGCCGCGUGGCCCCGAUGAUCCACGAGGUGUGCGAGUGCAUUGGCAUCCAGGACAUCGCCGGCAAGAUCCACGGGUCGCGCAACCCGAUGAACGUGAUCAAGGCUACCUUCGAAGCCCUGCAAACCCAGCGCCUGCCCAACGAUCUGGCCAAGGCCCGUGGCCUGCGCCUGCUCGAUGUCAACCACCGGUACUACGGGGGUAUCAAGAUGCCGGCAGCAUCAAAGCAAUAAAGUGGACUGCCUGCUGUGGCUAUUAUAUUCUGCCUGAUUCUUUUAAACAAGAUUACAAAGUUCAA